AUGGUUGUCGGUACAAGUAAAGUUGCACCUCCAACAAUGUUGGAGUUUCGAUUUGGCGAGGUCAUCGGGCAAACAAUAGUGACCAACUAUCGGGAGGACUGUGAAUCAUUUUUAGAUCAAGGUAAUUUUCCCUCUCUGGCUGUGAACCUUACGGACUCUGUGGGUUAUGAUGAUGUUCAGUUGGAAUUGGAUGAUGAUUUUGAGAGUUUAGACGGUAUUAUCAAAGACCAUGAUGAUGACAUGAGUUUGAUUGAUGCUGUUAGUGAUAUUGUGGGGAACAACUGUGAUCCUAAUGUGAAUUCUGAUGAAUUGUUGCAUAUUGCUGAACUGAAUGGUGUUCCGAAUGAGUCAGUUUGCGUUGCUGGUUUAGAAUCGUUUCUGAAAUCCUUUCUUAGUGGAAAUGCUAGCUGUCCGGUUACAUUUGAUCCGAGUGGAUUGUUAUGUCUAAACAGUCCUAUGGCAACAAUGAAUCAUGCUAAGUGUCGGGGUUUUGUCAAAGCACUUAGGCAGUAUAAGGAUGAACUGAAUUUAGUGCGUGUACUUGAAACCUUGACUAAAAUGAUGAAGUGGGAUCAACCCUGGGAAUCGUUGGUAUCCUGUUUUAGGGGCGGCACAAUCGUUUCUGAAUGUUAUGAUGAAGGGAAACAUGUUCUAAAUGAUGAUGAUCUCGGAACUCUUGGUAAAUUCCUGGUUUCCAACAAUGGAGAUGUUUUGCUUAAAAUCUUGAAUGCUACCUCUGUGAACUCUGUUGAUGUGUUUUCCCCGUUGCCAAAGGAAUUGAAUGCAACUGAAAAAUCUAGAGUUGAUCACAGUGCUGAAACCAGUAAGUUAUCCAGACCUUGGGUAGAAGUUAUAGCAGAGUUCAAAGGAGGAACCAUGUUGUUGAAAACAGGAAAAUGGAUUCAAAUGUAUGCAUGUUUCAGCGGUGGUAACCCAAAAUUUGAAGGUCAUAGGAAGCAUACUACAUCACUGGAAAAAUCAAACUUCGUAUGGAAGGUUGCUUGGUCAACACUACUGAUUGUUGGGGCUCAAAAUGAAGAAUUCGGCUGUGGUUUCCUUGUGAUCCUCUCAGAAUACAAGAGCUACAAACGUAUCUUGCAGUGGAUCUUCACAGUUGACAGGGAAGACGUUAUUGGAGAGCUUGUGGGAAAGGGUGAUCUCCAUGAUAGAUACAUUGAUGGUGAGAAGACAAAAAUCUUUGAUCUCUACCUGGAACAUGUUGAAGCCGCUGAUUUUGUAGCUGGUGGUUUGCAAGGUUGUGUUAUAAUCAUCCUUCAGCAUGGAAUUGUCAAAGAAUUCAAUGGUACAAAUUACGUCCAGACAGCAUACCAUUGCGCAAAGAUUUUUUUGAACACUGACAUUGAACCAAUAAGAGAGUAUAGAUCAAGUAAGGCCGUUAAGCGUGUUGAUGCUGGUGCCAAUGAAAGUGAAUCGGGAAAGACCAACACUUCCUGGGAAGGAAACGCAGCUAACGGCGAAGAUCCCAUUCAACCUUCAUCCAAGAAAUCAUUUAUGUGUACCAAGUGUAAUGAUACAAAUGCUGCAAUCACCCCAAGGUUCAAAUUACAAAUACGUGCAGUACAAGGUGGGACUGACAUUGUGUUGCUCUUGUGGGAUCACGAAGUUAGGUCUCUCCUCAAUAAAUCAGCCAUUGAUGUCCGUGAGAAACAUGUGAAGAGAUCAGAUGUUACUAAAGAGGCGUACCCCGUUGAGCUAGAUGAUCUGUUAGGGAAGAAAUGUCUUAUCAAGCUGGAUGUAUCACAGCGAAAGGAAAGUCGUGAUUAUGGAUUUAUAUAUCCAGUUGCUAAGGUCUCUAACGAUCCGGAGAUAUUCGAAGAUUUCCAGAAACUCCACAAACUUGGCCAGGUUGAGGAAGUUAAGUUUGGUACUCCUUCGUCGAAGAAAUUUUCAGAUGAUACAGUGUACUCCAUGACAGAUGUAACAGAUGAUGACGAUGGGCUUAAUACGGAUACCGACAGUGAUUCCAACGAAUUUGAUGCAACACCAAUUAAAUCUCUACCAAAUUCAAGGGGCAAACGUCUUGCUAAUGAUCCUGAAAGUGUGCAAUCAAACAACACAAAAAAAAGGGUCAGAGUGAAGGUUGAGAAAGAAGCUUGA